AUGAUUCUCAAAUAGUAGAAUAUCAAUAAAUACAAAACAAAUAUCAAAGAAGGGUUAUUAAAUACUGCUGGCACUCUUAAUCCAAUAGAGAGCAAUUUAUUGAAUGCAUGCUCAAGUAGUAUUAGAUAUUAUAGUAGAAAAAAUGAGUUAUUUAAUAUCUAAUAAGAAUUAUUUCAACAUAAAUUACGCUUUGUGCUUGAUUAUACAAACAAUAAAUGUCUCAAAAAUAUCAAAAGCAAAUUCGAUGAAUAGAUGUGUCUUCAAAAUGCCAGAGAUUAGAUUUCAAUGUUUCAGGAUUAAUUUGAAUAUACUCUUUAGAAAGAAUUAUUGUGAAUGUAUUAUAAAAUAAUUAUUAAUUAUGGCUGAACAGCAAUAGUAAUUGUUUCUAAAAUAAUUAACUGUCAAUGUGUAAUCUCUCCAAAGAUAUAUUCAAAAAGAAACAAAUGAAUAAAGAGAGAAAUGCUAUCAAAUUUAUUUGUAAUCCAAUGAAAAUUAUGAUGAAUAUUACAAAUGUAUUUGCUAUUCCAAUAUCAAAAGGCAUUCAGUAAUUGCAAAUUAAGAGAAAGACAGUUGAUCGCUCAUAUGAAUCAAUGGUUAAAUAUUGGCCAUUUUGGACUCAAAAUUGUUUUGAAAAAUCAGAAACGAAGGAUUAAAUUUCGAACUGUUAGAAACAUACAACAGAAUCUUUAACCAAUUUUUUAUAGAAUUCAAUCAAUUAAUUAUAAAUUUGAACGUUUAAUAUAUCAAUACAUUAAG